AUGAGCCACUUAGCCAAGGACUACCGCCAGGAAUCAUUUUCCUUGUCAAAGCCAGCACAGAGAAAUCUUGAGAUCCUGUUUGUGUCACUGAGACUCAGAGCAGAAAGGGUGAAGAGCCUGCAGGGUGAGGUCCAGCUGAACAUCCCUGCAAGCCAGGCAUGGGAGAUGUUCACCAGCAAUGAGAUUGUCAGCAAGGUGAACCCCGACAUGCUAUGCCUCGCCGGCGCAGAGUACCUCGAAGGCGAUGGCAGCCCGGGCAGCCUCAGGCUCUUCAGGCUAGGACCUGUACUCCAUCACUUUGUGAAGGAAUCGGUUCAGAAGACUGAGAAGGUUGAGCCGGGCCGGUGCAUCGGCUACGAGGCCAUUCGCGGUGAGCUGAAGAUGUAUGAUACCUAUUUCAUACCACGUCACCUUCUUCUUCGUCCCUGUCCGGGGAAAGAGGGGAAGUCGUGCAUCGCUGGAUGGAAGGCCGAGUUUGAUCCGACGUCCUCCACCACCCCACAGCCGGAGAAUGCUGAGGAUGCCUCCCUUGGGUUCCUCAGGCAGCUCGAAACCUGCAGUGCUUCCAAUUAGCUGUACAUGUUGGACGU